CCACCACCAGGGGGCGAUAUAAUUAAUAGAUUUUGUUCAAUAGCUUCAUGCGCCUCAGCUUUGACAGCUAGUAACAGUCUAGUUAGCUGUUGACUUUAGUUGGUUAAUCAACAACUCUAGCUACGUUUCUUUUGACCAUUGUUUGUAAAAACUGAAGGACGCCUGAGGAGGUGGCACCGAGCGGUUCCAACAGUCCGGUGUAAACCAGCGGAGGACUUUACAGCCCCGGGAUGUUUAACCCACAUAUCCAUCAGCAGCAGCAACAGCAGCAGCUUCACCAGCACCUCCGACAGCUACAACAUUUUUUGCAGCAGCAGCCUCCUCCUCCUCCGCAGCCGCCCCCGGCGCAUCAUGUCGCCCAUCACCACCAGACACAGCGAGCCAUUCAAGUUCCUCCUCAGACUGCCCCUCCUCCUCGGAUGGUCAACCUGUGCCAGGCGACCCAAACAACCAUCAUUGCCCCCAAUCCGAUGCUGCAGGGAGCUCUGAUGAUGCAGCAGAUGCAAGGCAGCAUGCGAGGCUUUGCAAUGGGCGGGACGCAGUUCCGACAGUUCUUUACCGCAGGGGCCAGGUCGUCCCUGCUCGGGCCGGUCCCCAUGGGGAUGGCCAUCAAGUCCCCCAUGAUGGGUUUCCCAGCUGCACGACCCUUCCACCCUCAUUCUCGCUUCUACAACUCCACCUCCUCCGCCUCUGCCACCCCUUCCACAGCCACAGCCUCCACCUCUUCCUCCAUCUCUACCACAGUAAUAACACCAGACUCAUUUAAGGAUGCUGCAGCUCCUCUCCAGACAGACAGGAAGCGGGACAGCGGUCAGAUGGCAGCAGGAAGCACAGACAACCAGCCAGCAGCUGAUCUGAGGACCAAUGAAGACAAAACUCUCACAGAUGAUGCUGUGGGAGGAGGAGUGCAUGGGCAGCCCUCUGAGGAACAUUCUGAAGAACCUGCAGCAAAGCGGCAAAAGACAGAAGAGUCACAGGAGUCUAAAGAUCAGUGUGUGGUUGAUGAUGUCACUACUACGCACUCGGGGUGCGACAGCAACACCGUGGAUACCCAGCCUGCAGAGCCUUUACCAGGCUGCAGCACCAAGGAGGAUGAAAGUUCCAACAAGCCAUCAGAUCUCGUCGAGGGUCCAGAGGAGACUGAAGCUGAUGAGAGCUACAGCGGCUUGCCGACCCGGUCGCCCUCCUGUGAGCUGACUGGAACCGAGCUGCAGGAAGAGUCACCAGCAGAAGAUGCUUCAGAAAACAAAGAUGCCUUGUUGGAUUCACCACAGAGCCAGGAGGAAGAGGAGGAAGCUGCAUCAGAAAGCUCUAACAAGUUCUACUGCUACCUCUGCAGCAUCACCUGCCACAACCAGCAGAACUUCAGAAGUCACAUGAACAGUAUUUCCCACCAGCAAAGGAUGAUGGAGAUCCAGCACAUGAGCAACGCCUGCCUGGUCACCCUGCUGCCGCGAGUGCAGGAGUCUCUUCAGGGAGCAAACAAGGACGGCGAGAAAAAAGACCCGAAGCACUGGUGCGCCACCUGUCGCACGCACUUCACCGGUGGCAUCGUGGAGCACCAUCGCUCUGAGGAGCACAAGCUUGCAUGUCGAAUCGACAUCUCCGUCUGUGCCGUUUGCAAGAUACGCUUCAAGACCUCCCAGGACUUUUUGGAGCACUUGCACUCGCAAGAGCACAGACAGAAGCUCCAGGAGAGAGGCUGUGAGGCUUUGACCAAACUGAGCACCUUGGACAUGGACGGGUUUUUAUUAGAGGGGAAGCAGGAGGAGGGAGGAGACGGAGGAGACACAGAGGAUGCCUGGUCCUCCCACUCAGCAGUGACCUUAAACGACCUGGCCAGUGAGGAGCAGUAUGAGCCUGACACAGUCUAUGGAUCCAGUUUCUUAGAUCCAGUUGCAGGUUUUAUCUGCAGACUUUGCAACAAGUUUUACCUCCUCGAGUCUUCUGCUCUGCACACUCACUGCAAAUCACCCAAGCACUUAGAGAAUUUUAAGAGGUACAGAGAAUUAAUGAGUCAAACAUCAGCAGCUGUUCAGUCAUCUGGGAAAUCCGACCCACCAGCAGACGGCUUCAAACCAGUAACGGAAACCUCCACAGACAGUUCAGGCGAAGCUUUGCUGUCCUUUGACUCCAGUGAAGCUGCUAAUCUCUGCACGAUGGAGCCCGUCGUUGCAGUCAGCCGACUGAAAACGCAGAAGGAGAAGGAGCUGGAACCAGAAACCCACUCGACCUCACAAGACAUAGGCAUCUUAGCAACCAGCUGCUCAGAUGAUGACGCCAGUCUUCAUUGUGGUAUCACAGCUCAGGAGAGUCCAGCUGAGGUGGUCGACCCAGAGCUGGCAGCAGCAGCUGCUGCUGAAGAGUCUAAUGGAGAGGAGGAGGAGGAGGAGGCUCCCGCUAUAAAGAAGAAUGGCACAGGGAGGGCAAAGCCUACAGCAAAACGAAGGUCAACGAGGGCCACAAACAGACGAUGAGUCUAAGACACAAAGUGGAACGGAAACCAUCUGAUGUGUUGCUGCAGUGGAAAAACUUGGCCUCCCAUCAUCCCCCCAGAGCUGACGAGUCAGAGGGAACCGCACGGCAGCAAACAGGAAGUCUAGCUACUGAAUUACAGUACUACUCAUUGGAAUCACUCUUGCAGGGUGGAAGGCAAACAUCCAUUACAAACGUUAGCUGACUGUUGAGGUGAGAACGGGCCAUUUCCUUUACCUAUCAGAUUUAGUGUCAGUUUUAUCAUUAUAGUCACUUUUUGAGUAGGAAAAGGCUCCUGGUAGUUUUACCUCUGAAAACCACAUAAUCACACAGCGGGACAACGCUCGUCACUACUCUAAAUGCGUUUCUGUAGCUUUCUACAGAACAAUGUUCAUUUUCCACCCUGCUGCCCACAAGUCGGCCGUUCGGUGGGAGCUUGUAGUCAGAUUUUGAUGCAUUUCAAGCUAAAGCCACCUAAAACUGUCAAAGACUGCAUUAAUGUGUUGGUGGAAACGCUUCCCCCGUUGCUGACCACGUAGCUUUUAGCAAGCUCGAGUGUAGAAUGUAGCCUGAUUUAGCGUCUGACCAGGGGGGUUUUAAAGUCUUGAAACUGUGCUUUUGGUUUAAUUAAUCUAAUCGUUGUUUGGUCAUUAAAAAAAACUGUCUGCAAUUUUGUGCAUUAGUUUGAAGUAAAAAUCUUCAUUGGCCUUCAGUAAUUACAAAGAAGCUGAAUGGAGCUGCAGAUGACUUUAAAAAUGUUUGAUGCGAGGUUUUUUCCAACCACUCUAAAGUGAAACUAGCAGUCGUCUCUGAGUCCCUCUGAGACUUUUAGUUAUUUUUUCUGGAGGCGGAUUUCAGAAUCCAUAAAGAAACAAGUACUGAAUGGACUGUGUCAGAACCACAAAGACUGUACUGUGUUCCGAUCCUCUAUACGUUUGGAAAGCGUGCUUACAGUUAGAACACAGAAGAGCUUGCAUUGACAUCAAAUGCAUCACUGAGCAUUGAUACUGUUAGUGGUAGUUGGUUCUAAUUUAUCGUUUGGUUUUCCUUUCCUAAUAGAAGGUUUCUGUUUGUGAGAGAAUCCCAAACCAGUUUUCAUGACGUGUGUUUGUUUAAUGUAGCAUUUGAAAGAACUGGUUCCACGCAGUAGUUUAUACAAGUGUGUAACUUUGUGUCACAAAGUGGGAACCAGGACCUGUUCCUUCCCUUUUCGUGAUCGAGUGUGUGCUCUUCUGGAAACAUUCAUCUUCUAUUAUAGUGGAGGAUACAGCUGCCCUUGUAGUCAUGGCGACAAUGCUUUCUGAAGGAGCGAGACGUGUUUUGAACUUUCCUCUUCGUUUCAACCUGAGUGGAUCAGGAGUGGGAUAAACACGGGCAGAGAAUUUCAAAAAGCAAAACUGUUUCUUAUUGUAUUUUUAUUCAGCUACUGAAAAAAUAGAGAUGAACAACCAGGUGAUGUUUUCUAACUGCUGGAAGUUUAUUGUAUUUUUGGAUGUUUCUUUUUCUGUUUGGGAGUAAUCUUAAUUUAUAUUAAAAUGUCUGAAAUCCCAUAA